UUACUCUUGUGAUUUGUUGCAUGUAGGCCUGUUCAAACCAAUGAAUCUUACAAAAGAAGUUGAUUUCGGACCGAUUCGUGGGAGGGGUCUUGUUGCUGCUCAAUUUAUAAAUCCUGAAGACAUUCUUUUUUCAGAAGACCCUCUAAUAUGCUGUCAGUUUUCAUGGAACAAGCUCUAUGGAUAUAAAGCUUGCGAUCAUUGUUUAUGUCCACUCGAAACAUCGGAGGAGAAUGCUAGAAGACUUACUAACAAUCCGUCGCUUGUAUUACCUUAUCCAGAGGCAUCAUUUCACUGUAGCCAAACUGUUCACUGUCCUAAUUGCUUAGCUAACUACUGUUCCCCAAACUGUCUCGAAUCAGCUGCUCUUACAUAUCAUUCUCCAAUGUGUGUGGCAUCCAUCGAAAAAGGCAAGGAAAAUCCGUUAGAAAAAUUAGACAUAAUCUGGCGACAGUCUCAUUAUCCUCCAGAAAGUGGUACUAUCUUUUUACUCGUUCGUAUUGCUGCUGCAUGUCUAUCAGCGUGUCUUAUUGGUUCAUCGACCUCACAGCAUUUAGUUGAAGCACUAAGACAGUUUGUUUCUAGUACAAGUGCAAUGAUCAAUGAAAAUGCAAAUGAUAUUCUCUAUCAUCAAAUACUUGGUGAUCAGUUUGCUACAUAUAUCGAAGAGAUUCAUAGUGCAUUUAUUGAAGUACUCUUAUUUUUAUGUCAAAAGUUUAGUCAUGCUACAUCUUAUGAUGAAUGCAUUCAAACCCUGCAAAAAGCCGGGAUAAACACAUUAUUAGAGAAAAAUCAUUUUACAAGUGCUUUAUGUCUGAUUAGUCGUAAUGGUCAAGGUAUUGCAACAAGUGCUUUCAGUGUCUGGGUUAAUCAGGCUGGAAAAUUAGUUGAUACAACAAAUGAACGAACAUCUAAUGAAUUUAAUUCGUUUGUCGACCGGCUAUACUCGGCAGUUGAUGAUCACGUCGGUUCUUUUUUGGACAACGAAGGGGUCGGUUUAUAUUACUACCAAAGUCGGAUUAAUCAUAGUUGUUCACCGAAUGCAAUAAUUCGUUUCAGUGGAGUCAAUAGUCGAUUAUCUGUGGUUGCAUUGACGCCGAUUCAAGAAGGUGAAGAAGUCACUAUCUCCUAUUUGGAUCAUUGUCUACAAUCACGUGGUCGUCACACAAGACGUAAAUACUUAUCAUCAAAUUAUUUGUUUUGGUGUGAUUGCCCUAAGUGUGAAAUGGAAAAGAUUGGUGGUGCAUUAAGCGUGACAUCCUCAUCUGAAGACGAUGAAGAUGGUGAUGAAUAUUGUACUCAACAAGACAAAUGUGAAUAAUUUCAUGUAAACUCGUCAUACCCUCCCACCCAACUACUCACCCUCAAUACACAUGAAAUAAGCUAUUUUGACAAAUUCUUUGUAUGAUAAUUUGUGUAAAAUAAAACUCAAAUCAUGAAUAAUCCUUUUGGUAAUUGUUCUUGCUCUGUUACGUUGUUAUUGAUUGACUGAACAAUUGUUUGAUAAAGAUAUCUGUGU